GUCCUCGCGCAUGCGCAGUCUCCUUCGCCCGCGAGGAGUUCCGGGGUCGCUCUGUCAACCUGGUUAAAUAAUUAAAAAAAUAUCAACACACGGUUCUGUACACUUUCCUCCAUAUUAUCUUUCCCUCACCCGAAUCAGAGGAGAUUCCGGAGUGUCCUUGUCGGAGAGGUCGCAAAAGGGCCUCUGUAGAGAAAAGAUGAACUUCUUCAGGGGAGUGAUGGGCGGGCAGGCAGCCGGGCCGCAGCCGACUGGAGCGGAGACGAUCCAGAAAUUGUGCGACAGAGUUGCCUCGUCGACUCUUCUCGAAGAUCGCAGGGAUGCGGUCCGUGCUCUCAAAUCCCUCUCUAAGAAAUAUCGCAUGGAGGUUGGCACGCAGGCGAUGGAUCACUUGAUAAACAUCCUGCAAACUGACAGAUCCGACUCUGAAAUCCUCGGCUACGCUUUGGACACUAUGUACAACAUUAUCUGCAACGAUGAGGAGGAAGAGCAAGACGAAUCAGAAGAUGAGACUGCCCAGAAGCAGGCAGAUGACCUGGGCGCCAAAUUCACAGAAGCCUUCAUCCAGGACCCCGAACACAUCACGCUUCUCCUCACCAUGUUGGAGGAGUUUGACUUCCACGUGCGUUGGCCCGCCGUGAAGCUGCUGACGGCCCUGCUGAGGAACCAGUGUGUCCAGUUGCAGAGCAUCAUCCUGGUUAGCCCCAUGGGUGUCUCCAGGUUGAUGGACCUGUUGGCUGAUUCUAGAGAAGUGAUACGCAACGACGGCUUGCUGUUGCUCCAGCAGCUGACCAAAGGCAACGCAGCCAUCCAGAAGAUUGUGGCCUUUGAGAACGCCUUUGAGCGUCUCCUGGAUAUCAUCACCGAAGAAGGCAGCAGUGAUGGAGGCAUUGUCGUGGAGGACUGCCUGCUCCUAUUGCGCAACCUCCUCAAGAACAACAGCUCCAACCAGAACUUCUUCAAAGAGGGCUCCUUCAUCCAGCGCAUGAGGCCUUGGUUCGAAGUCGGCGACGACAACUCGGGCUGGUCGGCACAGAAGGUCACCAACCUCCACCUCAUGCUGCAGCUGGUGCGAGUCAUGGUGUCCCCGGUGAACUCGCCCGGAGCCACGGCCAGCUGUCAGAGGUCCAUGUACCAGUGUGGCCUCCUGCAGCAGCUGUGCACCAUCCUCAUGGCCACCGGCGUGCCGGCGGACAUCCUCACUGAGACCAUCAACACUGUGUCAGAAGUCAUCAGGGGCUCGCAGAUCAACCAGGACUACUUUGCGUCAGUUAAUGCACCAUCCAACCCACCCAGACCUGCUAUCGUGGUCCUGCUCAUGUCCAUGGUGAACGAGAGGCAACCUUUUGUGCUACGCUGCGCCGUGCUCUACUGCUUCCAAUGUUUCUUGUACAAGAACCAGAAAGGGCAAGGGGAGAUCGUGGCCACGCUGCUGCCUUCCACCAUCGACGCUAAUUCCAUCUCAGCCGGCCAGCUGCUGUGCGGCGGGCUGUUCUCCGCUGACUCCCUGUCCAACUGGUGCGCUUCGGUGGCCCUGGCGCACGCCUUGCAGGACAACCUCACCCAGAAGGAGCAGCUGCUGCGGGUCCAGCUGGCCACCAGCCUGGGCAAGCCGCCCGUCUCCUUGCUGCAGCAGUGCACCAACAUCCUCUCCCAGGGUGAUAAGAUCAGCCGGCGGGUGAGUAAAGGCAGCAAGGUGCAGACCAGGGUGGGGCUCCUCAUGCUGCUGUGCACGUGGAUCAACAACUGCCCCAUCGCCGUCACACACUUUCUGCACAAUCAGGAAAAUGUGCCUUUUCUCACGGCGCAGAUCUCUGAGAACCUGGGAGAGGACGAACGUCUGGUGCAGGGCCUGUGCGCGCUGCUGCUGGGCAUCUGCAUUUAUUACAAUGACAACUCGCUGGAAAACUAUACCAAAGAGAAGUUGAAGCAGCUGAUCGAGAAGCGCAUCGGCAAGGAGAACUUUGUGGAGAAGCUUGGUUUUGUCACCAAACACGAGCUGUACUCGCGCGCCGCCCAGAAGCCGCAGCCGGUUUUUCCUUCUCCGGAUCAGAUGCUCUUUGACCACGAGUUCACCAAGCUGGUCAAAGAACUUGAGGGUGUGAUAACCAAGGCGGUCCACAAGUCCAGCGAAGACGAGAAGAAGGAAGAGGAGGUGAAGAAGACGCUGGAGCAGCACGACAACAUCGUCACGCAGUACAAAGAGCUGAUCAGAGAGCAGGACUCCAAGAUACAGGAGCUGAAGGAGCAGGUGUCCUCCUUGACCACCCAGACUGAACAGAUGCAGGCCACCAUGACCCAGCAGCAGAGCCAGAUCCAGCAGCACAAGGACCAGUACAACAUUCUGAAACUCAAGCUGGGUAAGGAAAACUCAAGUCAAGCUAGCAACACACUGGGAGACAGCGCCCACGUCAACGGCGUGCAGACCGAAGAAGCGACGCAGCUUCGAGAGGAGACGGAGGAGCUGCGCAGUCAACACGCCCUCCUCCAGACGCAGCUGGGUGAAAAAGACGCCAUCAUUGAUUCCUUGCGGUCCGAGCGGUCUCAACCAACCGAUGGUGACACAGCAAGCUCAGACAAUGCGGAACUCCUCAAGGAGUUGGAGCUUCUGAGGAGUCAGGUCCAGUCGCAGGCAGCUGAGAUCGGUCAGCUGAAGUCAGACAAUGCAGAUCUGCUUAGAAGAGCUGAAAGUGAGUCUACAGGUGCUUCGUCAAGCAGCGACUUCUCAUCGGAUGCUACCGAGACAGCCGAACUGGAGAGCAGACUAGCGGCGCAGACGUCCGAAGUGGAGAGACUAAAAGAGGAGGUCCAGGGCCUGACGGGGGGCCGGGAGCAGCUAGAACAGCAGACGGCCUCAGCCACCAGCUCGGCGGCCAUCUUGAAAGCGGAGAUGGCCAAGCUUGAAGCGGAACUGCUGGAGUCCAAGAAAGAGCAAGACGACCUGCUCAUGCUGCUGGCCGACCAGGACCAGAAAAUCCAGAGCCUCAGGAAGAAACUCAAAGAUCUCGGAGAGACGGUGGAUGAUGAGGACGAGCUGGACACCAGGGACCAGACUGACGAGGACGAUGAAGAUGAAGAUUAGAAUGCAAGGACCGGUGUGAGGAACUUGGACUUUGAUUUUGAAGCAGGUGUCUCUCUCUCUCUUUCUCUGGCAGUUGCCACAUUUGUUCUUCACAUGUCCCACACGUGUACACCCUUUUGGCAUCUUGAGUCGAAAAAACAAAUUGGUGCGUUCAUCUCAUCGAGUUAACACGCUUCAAAACAACAAAAGUUAAUUUUUGAACUCACUUAACACAUUUAGACACCAGAAGUAGCAUAAAUAUCACAUGUAAUUGCUCUACGAUAUGCUGCAAAAACUGACACAAGAUGUAAAAAUGUCCAAAAAAAUAUUUUUGUCAUCCUGCUAUAUGAUGCAGUUAUGACCCAACUCGAAAGAAGACUUAUGGAAGGAUUAUAAUUGUUGGUAAAUUAAAUUUUACUAAAUCAAAAUGCCGUUUGGUUUGCAUUUGUUAUCAUUGUAAUCACAUUAUUUUAGUGUUGGGCGUGUCCUUCACUUUACUUGCAGUGUCUCUUGCUCAACACUAGAGGGCGGCAAAGGCCAUUCAGAAAAGUGUGAGUGGCCAAGCAUUGCAGUAUGUUCUAAAAAUACUCAUCCGGCUGACUGUCCACCAGCACAGCUCCAAUGUACUGUUGUUAUUUUUGACCUAGUUAACUGGAUUGCGCUAGUUAGUGUAAAGUCAGUAAUAUGAAAAUAUAUUGAAAUAUAGUUUUAUUUAGUUUAACUGAGGACAUUUUUAUAGUUUUUUUUUGUUUUUGUUUAUUUAAAGCAACAGCAAGAAAAAAUUAAGCAUCACACUUGAAAAAAAUCUUGAUUUGGUAGUGAUGUAUUUAAUUUUAUUUAUUGACAAGUUCAAUACAGACACUGAUCCUGCUGUAGCUCAACACAAAUCGAUGGAAUAAGAUGUACAAAUGUUGGUGUACAUCCUGGGCUGGUUGUCAGCCCAAUGGCAGUAGACAAGCAUUCACAUUAAGGACAAUUUGGAGUCUACAAUGCAUGUUUUUGACAUGUGGGAGGAACCUGAUGUAACUGGAGAAAACCCACACAAGCAAUUUUGAGAACAUGCAAACUCCACCCAAGAAAGCCAGAGAAUGAACCCUCCUGAGCUCGUGGCAAACUUGCUCCCUAAGCUGCCCCUGUACAUGUAAUAAAAUGUUCUAAAAAUGC